AUGAAACAACAAACAUUCUUCAAGCACUUGAAUAGUAUUAUUUCAAAAAGUAUCAAAUUACCGACGACCUUUCCAAGUAUAAGGAAAAAUUAUAGAACAAUAUCGGCCACUAAUUCUUCAUUAAGGGUGUUCAGUACAGCCAGUCGGAUUUGCAGUACUAAUAAUCAUGAUGAAAUAACCAUCCUUCAAACAAAUUUGAAAUUUGAAGACGAGCUAACCUUUGCUGAAAGACUCAUUACUCUUAGGAAAAAAGGAGACACUGUUGUCAUACCUCCACUCAUCAUAGAUCAUAUUAAACAAGAAGCAAUGAAUGAAAAUCCGAGAGCCCUUUUCAAUUUGGGAGAAUUCUUAGUAUUAGGUCUUGGUGGAAGAAUCAAUCACAAAGAAGCAUUUGAUUGUUAUUUGAAAUCAGCAAAAUUGGGUUACAAUAAGGGGAAACAUUUGGUUGGAUAUUGUUAUAAAGAAGGUCUUGGAGUUGACAUUGAUUACAAAAAAUCAAUGGAAUGGUUUGUUGAUGCAGCCAAUAGUGGAAUUCCUCUCUCUGCAUUUGAAGUUGCCAGUCUGUAUAUUGCAGGUCAAGGAUGUGAGCUAAAUGUUAUGGAGGCUUUACAAUGGGCUCUCAAAGCUGCAUCAAGUGUUGAAAGAGAUAUUCCACGAGCAAAAGAAAUGGUAGGAAAGAUUUACCUCUUUCAGAAAGAUUAUGAAAAGAGUUUGGAAUGGUUGACUAAGGCAAGUGAGUAUAAUCUUCCGGAAUCAAGACAUUGGCUUGGUUGGAUGUAUCUUAAUGGCACAGGAGUAGUUCAGAAUUAUAAGAAAGCAAGGGAACUUUUCGAAUUAUCACAGAAUUCUGAAUCUUGUUUCAGACUUGGGUCCAUAUAUGAAAUGGGAUUGGGAGUGCCAAUCGAUAAAGAGAAAGCUUUGGAAUGGUUUACUAAAGCAGCAGAUAUGGGACACAAAUCAGCUCAAUAUAUGACUGGAUUAAUACUAUUAGAAAAUAAGGAAUACUCGAAAGCUUAUGAAUACUUACUAAAAGCUGCCAAUCAAAAUGAAGCAAAUGCAAUGCACUUAGUUGGUGAAAUGUUACGUGAUGGUUGUAAAGGAGUUCCAAAGAAUGCAUCAGAGAGUGAACGUUGGUUGAAGAAGGCCGAGAAAGCAGGUUACAACCUAAACUAUUAA